GUCGGUAGGUGGCAGUACUGUCACAAGGACGGGGGGGAAAAACGAAGAAAAAAAAUCCUCACUCGCAGCUGCGCAGAAGGGGUCUAGUCGAACCCGGAUGUAACCAACGCCUAAUUGCCGGAGAAAACGAUGCAGACAAUAAAGUGUGUAGUGGUGGGGGACGGAGCUGUAGGAAAGACCUGUCUACUUAUCUCCUACACAACCAACAAGUUCCCCUCAGAAUACGUGCCUACGGUGUUUGAUAAUUAUGCAGUGACGGUGAUGAUCGGAGGGGAACCCUACACACUUGGGCUUUUCGACACUGCGGGUCAGGAGGAUUACGAUAGGCUGCGACCUCUCAGCUACCCGCAGACGGAUGUCUUCCUCGUCUGUUUCUCCUGCGUCUCACCCUCAUCCUUUGAGAAUGUCCGAGAGAAGUGGGUUCCAGAGAUCUCCCAUCACUGUCCUCGUACACCCUUCCUGUUGGUGGGCACCCAGGUGGAUCUGAGGGAUGACAGCAACACUGUGGAGAAGCUGGCCAAGAACAAACAGCGGCCCCUGUCCCCUGAGAGCGGAGACAAGCUGGCCCGGGACCUCCGGGCCGUCAAAUAUGUGGAGUGCUCCGCCCUCACGCAGAGGGGGCUGAAGAACGUGUUUGACGAGGCCAUCCUGGCAGCUUUGGAACCUCCUGAGACUAAAUCCAAGAAACGCUGUGUCCUGUUAUAAAGGGAGGAGGAGAGAAGGAGCGGUAGAGGGGCAGGGUUAAGAAUGGGCGAGUUGGUUACAAUUAAGAGAAGCAGAUCAACAGCUUGAAAAAGGACAGAAAGAGUGAAAAGGAAGGAGAUGAAAUGGCAUCGAGACUCCAAUACAUUCAUGCACUGUGCCUUCUUAAUAUGUAUUGAAAAAUGGAGAGGAGAGCGAUUUGGUCUUUCAAGUAAAGAAUACAAGAGGGGAAGGAAUCAACAGAGCUUUCAUCUAGUCUCCUUCUCCAGAUACACUUUAGAAAUCUGCAGUGUUUACCCUAACAUUACUUCGGUGGGGCGGGCUCUCCUACCUGCCUGUCAUGUUGCCUUUGUGCCUAGCUGAAAUGAAAUAAAUACCUUGGGGAAACACUUAAUUGACAUUGUUUUCUUUUGUUGCUACUUUGAGGAGGGAGGGAGAGAACACAAGAGUUAUUUCCACUCCCGACCAGGCUAGCAUGCUAGAAUGGUCACUUUUCCUUUUGGGACACACCAAGUGCAUUUUCGCCUCAGAUUUGACUGUACUCUGCAGGCGACACAGAAAACUGAAUUGAUAUUAUUUUUUAUCUCUUUGUGUCAUGUAUGAUGUAUUCAUUUUAUGAUUUUCUUUGGGGAAAUUCUUAGCGUACAUUAUAUUUUUUUGUUGCGUAAUAAAAAAAGUUUUUUGCUUGACUACCAACGUGAUUGGUUGAUAGUAUAACAAAUUCAACUGUAAUAUUUUGAAUAGCUGAACUUAAUCUUGAUAAAAACAAUGAUGGUGAGAUUAUAACCGUUUCCUAGUCAACUUCUGGAUGUUUGUAAUUGCAGAAUGUUUGUAAUAAAAUAGUUGAACUGA